AAUUUGUCUUCAUCAAACUACCAACACCAUUGAAUUAUUGACAGCUAAAUUCUUUAUACCUUGUAGAUGUCUUUGAGUGGAAUUACUCCUGCUUCACCCCCGUCCCGACACGAAAGGCCCUCAUCUAGAUCCUCGGGCCGCUCAAUACGUGCUCCUAGUCCUGUGCUUUCUAUUGACAGUCCAGUCGCGGUGCGAAACCAGAUAUCAACGCUGAAACACAAUAUCCGUCAGCAGCAAGCCCAAGUAACUGGCUUGGAGAAUCAUAUCCUCCGUGGCCCACGUCCUUACCCCAAUUUAUCCGAUUCAAUGUCAAGUUCAACACCAAAUUUGACUUCCCCUCCACCUUCAUCUUAUUCUGGUCGCUCUCCAACACCCAAUGGGUCGUCACCUACAAAAAUGGCAAGAAGAACGAGUUUCGAAGUCCUACAAGGAAUAGCUGGUCCAGAUUCCAAUUUACCGUUACCCAUUGCAGGCAGGCGCGACCUCGGCCACAGUGUGAAUGGUAGCUUGGAUGACAGCAGUAUCAAGGAAGGGGUGCCGAUGACCAGUCCAACUGCAUACAAAAGAAUAUCGAGUCCAACUCGUACUUUGAGUAGAAUACCAGUAUCUUCUGUAGGUAAUGCUCGAGCGUUGGCUGAGGAAGGAGCUCCUGCUCCUUCUACCAGCUCUUCAUCUCUUCUCCAUUCUUCAAUCAUCGAUGCAUCCUUAACCUCACCAACCUCACCCUCACUUCAACUGCCACCAUCACCGAACACUACGAAUCGACGAGCAUCACUUACACCCGGGGGUACAACCAAAGUUUUGGCGGAUCUUCAGGCUGGUGUCGUCAAUGCACGGAAUGCAUUGGAAAAUACGAAAGCCCAGUUGAGACUGAGCCAGCGGAGUGUGGCUUCGCUCACGAGACAGACGGAAGAUCUGAAAGAGGGAAGGGAGAGACUGAGAUUGGAGAACGAGGGUUUAAAUAAUGUGGUAGCGAGGAAAGAAAGACUAUUGCAGGAAGUCCUCGAACGCGCGCGCAAAGCCGAAACAGACGCCACUCAGCUCCGCUCUCAACUCAAAUCCGAAACCUCCCAAUCCAAAAAGAGCCUUCGAGAAAUGGAAGUCGCUCUCGCCGAAUCAACCGCUCUAUCACAGAAAUCCGAACGAGAGUACAUCACUCUCCGAGAAAGCCUUAAACAUUUAACGGAAUCAUGGAAAUCCGAUACCGAACGUCUCCGCGACGAAAUCCGUAAACGAGAGGAGAAAUGGAAAGGAGAAGCGGAGACUUUGGGUAAAAAGUAUCGGAAGCUUGUAGAGGAGGUGCAGGCUAGUCGGAAGGGCGAGGAAGUCGUGAAAGUUUUGAGGGAAGAGGAUCGAAACAAGGCGAAGGAGAUUGAAGAUAGGUGGAUGAAGGAGCUUGAUAAAAUGAAACAGGUUGUGGAAAAGAAUGAAAAAGAUAGCAAGGAGGAUAGUGAGACUGCCAGGCAACUCAGCGCUGAACUCGCUCGUUUACGACGUUUAAUGCAGAACGCAGGAAGAGCACCAACUAAUGAUGAGCUGGAUUCGUCGUAUACCCCUUCUUGAUUUUGUAUAUAUUGGUGCAACCGCGCCCCCACGUCUAGCGGAGCCUCUCCUAAGACUGUACAUGCAUGGAUUAUACAUACAACUAUCCCACUUUCGCAUUACAUAACUUGCAUACGAACUUUUUCUAAUACAUUACGAGCGACGAUAAGUUGCGUUGGGUUUGCUGCCAAAUGUUACUUGGUCGCCGAUAUUGGGAUGAAAAAU